AUGUAUAGAAGUCCGGAGACUGCUGUCUUGCGCGGCGGGAUGCCGUUGAACAGCAGCGACGGUGUCGUGGGUCUCGAUCAAGUGCCGUGCUGGAGCGACACAGAGCAACGCUCUUCUUCUCCUUACGAGGGAGAUGGGCCUGCCUUGUCCUAUUCUUACUUCUCGGACCCUCUCGCCACUUCGCAUGGUGAUGAAACGGGGACUGGUGGGGUUGUGUCGAGAUUUCCCGUGGAUCAUGAAAUAAAUUCGAAGAUAUAUCUGUGGCGUGGCAACCCUUGGAAUCUUGAAGUGGAUGCCGUCGUUAAUUCCACCAAUGAGGUGAAAUUCUGCUAUGUUCCCCUUGUUUAAUUUAUCGGUCAAAUCUGUUUCAUCUCUUUGGAAUAAUUAGACUGUUCAGUGGUUUUUAUGAAGUAUGUGAUUUCUUUGUCAGAGUCUUGAUGAAGCACAUAGUAGCCCGGGUUUGCACGCUGCUGCUGGACCUGGCCUUGCUGAAGAAUGUGCAACCUUGGUAUAAUCUAGGCUUUUUCAUGGAUUUUGUGUUUUGGUCGGUCCUGCUUCUCGUGUCAGCAACUUGUUUAACAAAUUGUCUCGAAAUCCUUCAGGGUGGCUGCAGGACUGGGAUGGCGAAGGUCACAAAUGCAUAUGAUCUCCCUGCAAGGUAGGAGAUGCCCGUUCCUAUUACCUUCGAAUUUUUUUGUGUUACAUCGAAAAUAUAUUAAUAAAUUCCUUCAGUUACUUGACCCGCUGUUGGAUCAUGCAUUCGUCUAUUGGAAAUUUCAUUUUUUUUUAUAUCUGAGCUGUGAUGUUCUUGGAGGUAACAUUUUUCCGAUGUACAUUUAAGUUGCUAAAAAAGCAACAAUGGCGAAUCAUGCUUGGAAGGGUAUUUUGAAAGCUUUUAGUUCUCUUCAAUGCCUAUGUACCGUACUUAAGUUCCUUUUUUUAUUAGAGAAUGGAAAUUAUUUUACAAGUUUGACCGAUUUUACAGAAUGAGACGUCUUUGUUGGCAAGAUGUCACUUUUUUGCAUCUAGCUUAUGUUAUUUAUGAGGAAAGAUCGUCCACAUUCCGCAUUCUGUCUGCCUCUCUUCUUUUGAAUGUUUUGGAUAGCUGACAGAAUAGAAAGUUAAACUUAAUUUUGUAAAUAAAAUUAUUAUUAUUUUGGAUAUUUUAGGUUCUGGAAUCAGUUAUUGAAUCAUUUCCCCAUAUAAAUACGGGAAUUAUAAAAAAUCCUUUUUUUGGCUUGAAAGCUUGCCCAUUAUUUUGAUUAAAGGGCAUGAUAUGCUCACUACUCUGAUAUAUGCCGUAUAGCGCAUUUUUUCUAAAAUAUUUAAGAUUUUAUUUAUGUGCAGUCAUGUAUUUUUUAGAGUUAUGAAAGAAUUAGAUUUACUUUUAUCGGGUAUGCCUCUUCCUAGGCUCAACCAAUGGGAUGGAGUAUGAUCUUGAAGAACUGCUUGAUUUGAUGUUUCAGGAGGGUUAUUCACACUGUAGGACCAAAGUAUGCCAUCAAGUACCAUACCGCAGCUGAGAAUGCUCUUAGUCACUGCUACAGGUCUUGCUUGGAGCUUUUGAUCGAGAAUGGACUUCAGAGGUUGCCCUCUAUUGUCGUUUCCCCUAACUCACUUUAACCUUUUCCUGUUUUCAAUAUCCCACAUAUUUAGAAGUCUUUGCAGCAUUGCUUUGCUGAGAAUCCUUGUCCUUACUUCAGUUUAACAACAUUUCUUUGCAGCAUUGCCACAGGGUGUAUAUACACAGAGGCUAAAAACUAUCCUCGUGAGCCUGCUGCACAUGUUUCAAUAAGUGAGGAACGCAACUGUUUACUCAAUUACAUUCAUAUAUUUUUCUUUUCUUAUGUUCUCUCUCUGAGUUAAUGAUAUUGAAUUUUUGUUCACUUGAUAUCACUCUGUUUUACGGUUGCCAUGCUCAUGGUUAUUUACAGAUUAAACUAUAUUUACAGUCGUAUGCAUGUUCAUAACCUGUUCUUUUGAUCUAAUUUAGCUUUUUUUAUUUCCUUCAAUUGGUCAAAGGGACUGUUAGACGAUUUCUUGAGAAGCAUAAAGAUAAAAUCACUGCUGUUGUUUUCUGCACCAGUACCGCAUCUGACACAGAGAUUUACAAAAGGUGCGCAGAAACAAAGUCAUCUUCUUUUUUACUUGUUACUUAUUAAUUAGUGCAUUAUUCUCCAAAGAAAAGUGUCAAUCAUCUUGUCAGACCUUAAGUGGAUGUACUUUCUUGGGUGCAUAAUAUAAAAAAUGUACGAAUAUAUAUUUUCUCCUGAUUUUAUGCUUUUUAAACUCUAUCGGUCUGUUUUUUUAGUUUUUCCCUUGAACUGAUAGAAUUUUAACGGAUUAAUACUUUAGAAUCUGAUAAGUUUUCUGUCACCGGCUUGACAUGCAGGUUGCUUCCACUUUAUUUUCCGAGAGAUAAGCAUGAAGAGGAGGUUGCAAUGUCAAAGCUUCCUGCAGACGUAGGGGAUGAGAAUGGUGAGACAAUAAUAGAUGAACGUAAAAUCAGGAUUAAACCUCUUCCAGUUAUCUCAGCAGUUGACCCUAAAUCUCCCACAACGGAGGUGGAUCUUCCUAUCAGUGAUGUUGGGAUGACAGUGAAACGGUUAGUGGACAUUUCAUUUGGUCACUUGGAAGCUUUUAAGCUCCGAUAUAUGUAUUUCCCUCAUAAAAAGGAUCAAUAUAUCAACUCUGAUCUGGAAGAAACCCGAGGGUUCAUAGAGCAUCUGGGUUCACCCAGACGCUUGAUUUUUGGAUAAUCUUUUAUGCAGUUAUAUUUUGAGUAUGAACGUGAAAAUAAUAUUUUUUUCCCCUUUGUAAUUACUUAAUCAAUUAUCCAUAAAAUUUGCAUUUUCUUUUCAAGAUCCAAUUUUUUUUUGGCUGACUUAUAUUAAUACAGUCAUAUAAUGCUCGGUGUAAGAGGGUUUUGAUUUUUGGUGCUGUCUAUUAUCUGCCAAACAUUAAAUUGGAAAAAUAAAUCCAUCAUUCGUAUCGGAGUCUUGAUAUUGUAUACUGUAUGCUAUUUCCCUUAUUAGGGUAGUUUAUCCUUUUUCUAUUUUUUGACAAACCUAGAAAGUGUUCCCUCCUCGUGAUUGAUAGAAUCAAUCCCUUUGGGGAGGUUCUCUCUCCCUGUCCUCUCUGGGUCUGCACAUAUUGCAUCUUUGCAAGUUGACUCUCCCAGAUAUAUGCGGAGCUAUUAAUUUUAUUUAUCUACUUUAUCAAAGGUCAAGGAAUGGGGAUGCAUAUUUGCAAUUUAGCCUCGAUAAUGGAAGUAUAUUUCAGUCUCGACAUUCUUUGGACAUCUCCUGUAUCCUGAAAUUUUCUUUGUUAUUUUUAAAAUGUAUCAAUAAAAUUUUUCAUCCACUUGCCAGCUUCAGGUAAAUGUACAUUCCAUGAUUGUUUAUCUCUUAUCAAGCAGUCAUAGGCUGGCUAGUUGCUGAAAAGAACAGAUGCAGUUAGCAUCAGUCGGAGUUUGACUGAGCUAUCUGUUAGUCGCUGAAAAUAAUGCAGCAUAAUUCAAUCAGCAAUGCAUACUAGAAAAGAAAAACAUUGAAAUAAAUAGUCUGCAUUCCAUUAUGCCUGGUACGUACUGUGUGGCUUAAAGAAAAAAUUGCAAACGUCAGCCGUGGUGCAUGGCAAAUCUGCUUUUCGCUUUUCUAGAUUAUGACAAGUUCUUACUAGAUUCUAGUUGUCGUUGCAGGAGUCCUUUUCAAGUUGAUUCGUAUCUUGAUCCAGCAUUCAUGUCACUGAUUAAAGAUCCAGAUCAACGAAGAAAAGAACAGUGGGAAAGGAGUGCUAAAAAUGAAAGUGGCUUUAAUUGUGCAAAAUUGCUAGGAUUUGGGGAUCUUGGUGGUCCUCCAUUGACUGCUGCUCAGGAAUACUCACUUCAUGCCAGAUACCUUGCAAAAGCCAAUUCUCUAAAUCUUUCAGAGAUUGCAGAAAUGAAAAUCGUGUAAGUGGUUUAAGUUAUUUAUUUGUCUACAUGUAUAAUACAGCAAAUGCUCAUUUUUCGUGUGUAUGUUAUAGUAAAGAAAAACUUUAGCUAUUGAACUCUAGUAAAUCACUCAAAUUUUGGACAUAGUUACUCUAUGAGGAUUCUUUAGGCUUCACAUGGUACACUUCCUUAACAAUAUUAUGUUAUCAGUUAACUUACAAAAUGAUCUCAUGUUAGUUAUGACCAACAUUCUGUGGAUCCACAUGGUUUUUCACAAAAUUAUAGUGGAUUCGAUUGGUUGUGCUAGCUUUUAUGAUUAAUUUACUUCAAGGAAUUGCCAUUCUUCAUCAAGAGCUACAUUGUUCGUGGGAUUAACCCCAUUUAAUUGUCCACUCCAUUUGAAGCAAUUCCUAUCUUUUUCCAGUUACCGUGGUGGAGUUGACAGCGAAGGACAUCCGGUCAUGGUGGUUGUGGGGGCUCAUUUUCUUCUAAGAUGCCUUGAGUUGGAGCGAUUUGUUCUUUAUGUUGUUAAGGUACUAGAUCAUAUGGCUAAUCUUUUUGUCUGAGAUUUGAUCUGCUCUUCAAAUGGCAGAUUACUUAUCUCGUCUUCAUCUUUUCCGAUUCAAUUUUUUUGUGCACGAUAUAUUCAAUAUAAUUUGUCUCCACGUCCAAGAUUGCCCUCCAAAUGUGUGAAGUAUCUGCCUAUAUAUUAGCGAGCUUUAUUUUAGGGAACCCAGAAAAGCAAACUAGCAUGAGAAAAUUAUCUUCUCCCGUGGAAAUUCCAAUGUUUUAAUUAAGAUAUCACUAGGCAGAUUGUAGUUGGAUAUUUAGGGAGCGAGUAGAGUGCUUUUUGUUCUAUAAUUUUCCUUUUGUGUAAACCUUUCAGUUGGUUCUUACAGAUUUGUGAUAAAAUAAUGCUUGCACCAUCAUAGUACGUUUUCUCCAGUUGAGCAUGGCAUAAACAUCUCUAAAUUCUGGAAACAAUAGUGAAACAUUUACAUCAAUAUUACCGUUUUCUCCAUCAUAGUACGCUUUCAGUUGGUUUGGGGGCAUCAUAUUAUUUUACUUACCCGUGAAGCCCAUUCUUCACGACAAUCAGAUGAAUAAGCUUGGGGAGGGGAAUGAAACUGAUAAAAGAGAAUCCCCAAAUUUUUCGAAAUACCCAAUGAUGAAUUGCCCAGAGUCUGCAAUUUCCUGUCUUCUACUGCCCUAAUCCACUUAAAAAUAAUGGUUUUAGCUCAAAGUAUACCUCGGACGGCCCUAGCAGUCUUAUUCCGUAUCUCAUCCCACUUUCUCCUGGAAAUCCCACCAAACAAACAGAAUAAUCCUAUCUGUGGCUCUGUUCACCUUUACCCGGCAUAUAUCUAUCUUUGUUGGAGUGAGUUGAUGCCUUCUACGUUGCUUCCCUACCAGGAGUUUGAGCCACUGAUACACAAGCCAUACACAAUCGUCUAUUUCCACUCUGCAGCGUCGCUACAAAUGUAAGCAGCCUUCUCGAGAUCUUCCUCUCUGGUCCUGCUCACUACUUGACCAAGGAUUUGACUUCCCAUGAUCCUUUACAAUACUUAGUAUGUUUUUCAAUGGUUCUUGCGGCUGUGGGUCUGCAGGCAACCCGAUUUAGGAUGGAUGAAGCGCCUUCAGCAGAUUCUUGGCCGUAAACACCAGCGUAAUCUCCAUGUAUACAUCCGAUCAUCCUCCGGGCUUCUGGGUCUCGAUGCUUUAGUACCCCGCUGAUCGACUCUCUUGCUCUGGGCAGGCAAUAUAUGUUCUCCAUCCUACUGUUGGGUUGAAAGCAGCAGUCUUUGCCUUGCAGAUGCUCGUUGAUGGAGAGGUACCCUCGUCUCAUAUAACCAUGGAAGAUUUAGGGUUGCCCUCAUGAACCUUAACCCUCUGAGACCCAGACCCAGAACAUGCUAAGCUUUCCCUUUUAUGGCAGGUUUGGCGGAAGGUCGUCUAUGUGGAUCGGUUGCUGCAGCUCUUCCGAUAUGUCCCUCGAGAGCAGCUCACCAUCCCUGAUUUUGUGUUCCAGUGAGUCCUCUCGCCCCCCGCCAAACUGAUUUAAACGGUGAUUGGGUGAUGAACUCCCGUUGACUUCCUCUGUUCAGGCAUGAUCUUGAGAUCAAUGGGGGGAGGGGGGUGAUCGUUGACCCCCGGCCCAAGUACUUUCCUCAGAGGCCCCCUGCGUGA